CGCCACUGCGACAGCUGGCCUCUCAAAGUAUCUGUCAAACACCCCAACUUUUAAAUUCUCCACAACAACCCAUUUCGGGGACUCAUUGACAGAGCACCGCACCCCAAACCCAACGCAGGACCACAGCCAGCAGCCACACACACAAAGACGCCGCAAUGGUCCGCCUCCUCAGCACGCUCGCGGCGCUCUGCGCCGCCAGCGCCGCCGCCGUCCUCGACCUGACGCCGGACAACUUCGACAAAGAAAUCACGCAGACGGGCAAGCCGGCGCUGAUAGAGUUUUUCGCGCCAUGGUGCGGACACUGCAAGAACCUGGCGCCGGUGUACGAGGAGCUGGGGCAAGCGUUCGGGUACGCGGCGGACAAGGUCGCCAUCGCCAAGGUCGACGCCGACGCGCACCGCUCCCUGGGCCAGAAGUUCGGCGUCCAGGGCUUCCCCACCCUCAAGUGGUUUGAUGGCAAGGGUGGCGCGCCCGAGGACUAUAAGGGCGGCCGUGACCUUGAGAGCUUGAGCGCGUUUGUGACGGAGAAGUCGGGCGUGCGGGCGAAGGUUAAGGCCAAGGCGCCUAGUGCCGUCGUUAUGCUGGAUGAUAAGAGCUUCAAGGAGGAGAUUGGUGGCGACAAGGACGUCCUGGUUGCGUUUACUGCGCCCUGGUGCGGUCACUGCAAGAGCCUCGCUCCGACCUGGGAAACCCUCGCGCAAGACUUCUCGCUCGAGCCCACCGUCCUCAUCGCCAAAGUCGACGCCGAAGCCCCCAACGCCAAAGCCACCGCCCAAGACCAAGGCGUCUCCUCCUACCCCACGAUCAAGUUCUUCCCCCGCGGCAGCACCUCGCCCACCGACUACAGCGGCGGGCGCUCUGAAGCCGCCCUCGUCGCCUACGUCAACGAGCACGCCGGCACGCACCGCGCCCCCGGCGGCCGCCUCGACGCCACCGGCGGCACUAUCGCCGCCUUCGACUCCCUCGUCCAAAAAUACGCCCAGUCUGGCGCGUGGGAUAAGGGCGUUAAGGAGGCCAAGAAGAUCGCCGCUAAGGCUGAGGGCAAGUAUAACGAGUACUAUGUCAAGGUGUUUGAGAAGCUGGCGGCCAAUGCGGGCUAUGUCGAUAAGGAGCUCGCUCGCUUGGAGGGCCUGUUGAAGAAGGGUGGUGUUGCACCGGAGAAGGAGGAUGAUCUGGUUAGCAGGAGCAACAUUCUGCGUUUGUUCAAGAAGGAUGAUGAGAAGACUGAGUUGUAGAGGAUUGAGAUGUUAGAUGUGCUGAGGUGAUGACUGGCUGGCUAGCGGGCUGGUUGGUCGUGAAGGGGCGGAGGGCGAGGGAAUGAGAUACGUUUGUGUAGAUGAAGAAUAGUCUAGCACGAGUCCUGCCAAGAGGCAUGGACUACAGAAAUGGAGUGGAAUGAUGAUGAACCGAGUCUUCUCACCCGGGGCAACCACC